AUGCCGCCUGACAUCAACAGCCUGCCGCCCUCCCCGCUCCAGUCUCCAUCCAACGGCACGUCGCGCAACCAGUCCCCAUCAGCCUCACGAACCAUGGCCUCAUCCCCGCACUCGCUAGCUGCAACCGCUGCGAUGAAUGCUGGUAUCCAAAACGAAGAGACACGCCGUCCCUCGUCUGGUAGCAUGCGACGAGAAGUCGAGCGAGCACGCCGUCGAUCAAGCGUCCGCAUGAACCUUAACCUCAACGAUCCUGCUGUUCCAGCACCAGGCGAGAUGCAGCCGCGCAGUCCUUCAGGCCGCACUGCAGGUCUACCUCACAGUCCACACCGUGAGCGCGCACCAAGUCUGGGUGAGCUGCACCAGGAGAUCGAGUACGAGCAGGAGGGCCAAGUCAACCGCCUACUCAACAUGAUCCGCCAACAGCAAGCUCAGAUAUCCACCCUCCAAGCCAACCAGCAGCAGCCAUCCUCCUCCGCGGUCGACGACAGCACGCCCACGUCCGAGCGCUCCAUGUCUCUCCCACACUCUGGUCAUCCUUCACACGCAGCUAUAUCGCCUAUGCCCAUUUCCCCGCUCCCCAUGACUAGCCAGCAGCGCUCAUACUCACCCCUCGGCCUCAACCGAGGCAGCAUAAGCCGCCAGUCUUCCUUCGCAGAUCGGUCCCGCGGCGGAAGUCACACUGGCUCUCCAGCCCUACGCCCUAUGUCUGGUAUUGGCGGCGUGCACGACUACAACGACAUGCUGCCCGGCUCAGCGACCGGACGCGACGAGAGCGCCUUCUAUCAAGCUGAAACGCAGAACCUUACGCGCGAGAACCAGAUGCUUAAGAUGCGCAUCCGCGAGCUUGAGCGCCAACUAAGUGAACAAAACCCCACGAGCCAAAUCACGCAGAGCCCCGUCGUACAUUCUGGCUUGAAUCCUGCGGCUGGUGGCGGCGACGGCAGUGAGCCCUCUCCUUCUGCAGCAUGA